AUGGAAAGUGAUGACCAAUUCAUUCAGUUCAUUCAGAAGAAAAUGAUGUUAAUAUCAUGGAUGGAAACUAUUCUUAAAGUACCUAUUAAUCCUGAUUUAUGUAAUUCACUUAAAUCAGGAACAAUUUUAUGUUAUUUAGCAAAAACUAUUGAUGAUGAUCUUAUUCCAGUUAUUCAUGACUCUAAACAUCCAUAUAAACAAUUAGAAAACUUAAAUAUGUUUCUUCAAGUAUGUAAAGAAAUGCACGUUCCAUUAUUAAGAAUUGCAACACACGAUGAUUUUGUAAAAGGGGUUUGUUAA